AUGCCAGGCGCGUAUGGAUUGCCGCAGCUGCGAGGUUCGGGAGAAUUCAAGCUGUACGACGACUUCGACCAGGAAUUUGUGUUUGAGUACCCCAGGAGCUGGGUGGGCCGCAGCAACAGCCUGCGCCAAGGAGUUUAUGUCUCUGACUUCAAUACGGCUGACAAGGCAGUGGUAGAGAUCUUCCCAGAGCCCAGCAGCGCAGACAUGGUGCUGGAAGUAGUCAGACGGGCAGUCUCUCCUGGGCAGGAAAUUGGGGGAGAUGCGCGGCUGAUUUUGCCGGACGAGCGCCGGAUAAAGAGUGAGACUGUGGACAUCGAUGACAUGAGGUACACAUACAUUCGCUUCCCUUCAGAGACGGUGACGCGCAGCGGGUAUCAGAUCAGGAGGAAGAAUUUUGCGGUGGCGGCCGCAAAGGGAGGCCGCGUGUACAGCCUAGUGGCCAGUGCAAGGAGUGACCAGUACAAUGCGCAGAAGGAGCAGAUCUUGCAGCACAUCCAGGGGUCAUUCAGGCUGAGGCGGUGA